AUGACGCCGUUGACCGAGUUCUUGAUCACAUCCUCGACGGACGGCACCGUCAAGUUUUGGAAAAAGAUUGGCAAGGGGAUCGAAUUCGUCAAGCAGUUCAAGGCCCAUCAGGGCGAAAUUCUCUCCGUGUCAGUGAGCGCAGACGGCCGAAGCUUCGCGAGCUGCGGGGCGGACGAAACGGUCAAAAUCUUCGACGUAAUAACGUUUGACCUCUUGACCAUGAUACCGCUGGGGUACCUCCCUCGGAGUAUUUGCUGGGUUCAUCAAAGGGGGGAAAAGAACGAGCCUAUCCACGCGAUAAAGGGGCUCCACAGGACGCCAGUGUCGGUCAUGGUUUUCAACGAGGCUUUUGACUGUGUGGUGUCCGCCGACGAAGGAGGCAUGGUCGAGUACUGGCAGCCGAGCGGCAACUACGAGAAGCCGAGCGGCGUUUUCGCGUACAAGAGCUCGACGAAUCUGUUUGAUUUCAAAAAGGCCAAGUCGUCGGUGGUGUCCCUGACUGUGAGCCCGAAUGGGAAGCAGCUCGCAGCGUUUUCGCUGCCCGACCGCAAGAUUCGACUCUUUGACUUUGCGACGGCCAAGCUGCACAGGACAUAUGACGAGUCGCUUCAGAUGAUCGAGGAUAUGCACCAAACCGGAUCCGGUAUCCAUAAGCUGGACAAUGUGGAGUUUGGUCGGAGGUUUGCGCUCGAGAGGGAGGUGGAAUCGCCGGCCUUCCGGAACAAACCGAAUAUCAUCUUUGACGAAUCCGGUCACUUUAUCCUCUAUGGCUCCAUUCACGGCAUCAAAGUGGUCAAUACGUACACGAACCAGGUGGUCAAGAAUUUUGGCAAAGACGAAAACUUUCGCCCAUUACAUUUGGCGCUGUAUCAGGGGCAGCCUCAAAAGAAGAAGGUCGCGUCGAUCGAGAUGGGCGCGUCAAGCAACCCGCUGUUGCAAGAGCAGGAGGCGAGGGACCCGAUCCUCACGGCGACCGGCAUCGGAAAGGUGCGAUUCUACAUGUUCACCAACGACGAGGAAGUGUCCAAGUCCACGAGGGAUAAGACGCUGACGGGGACCGGGGCCAUCAUCCACACGAGCUACGGCGACAUCCAGAUCCGGCUGUUUCCCAAGGAGGCACCCAAGGCUGUGGAGAACUUUGUUGGGCUUUCCAAAUCUGGGUAUUAUAACAAUACCAUCUUCCAUAGGGUGAUUCGCAAAUUCAUGAUUCAGUGCGGAGACCCGCUCGGCGACGGCACGGGAGGUGAUAGCAUCUGGGGGCAUCCCUUUGAGGAUGAAUUCAGCGCUCUCAAACACGACAAGCCUUACACGGUGAGCAUGGCCAACGCUGGGCCGGGCACGAACGGGAGCCAAUUCUUCAUCACGACGGAAAAGACGCCUUGGCUCGAUGGGAAGCACACGAUUUUUGGACGCGCAACGCAAGGGUUUGACGUGAUCCACAAGAUAGAGAAUACCCGUACCUUCAAGGAAAAGCCCGAGUCGGACAUCAAGAUUUUGAAUAUCGACAUAACGUAG